UCACGGCAUGUUCAUAACUAUUCAAUCAUGGUCUCUUACAAUGAUUUUCAAUUACAUUAUCAAUGUGUAUGAAAUGAACUAUUAAUGAUAUAUCCAUCAUUAAUAACAAUUUCAAUAUACUUAUUGUUGGGGGUAUUACUAAAGGGGCCCAAGAAGAGCUCAUUCAGGUGAAGGUAGCCCAAGGCAAUGGGCCAGGAGAAGAAGCCCAGAAUUGUUGGGGGCAUUAUUAAAGGGGCCCAAGAAGAGCCCAUUCAGGUGAAGGUCGCCCAAGGCAAUGGGCCAGGAGAAGAAGCCCGCAAAGCCCAUUGCACUCCAUGCAGCAUAGGCAUGGAGACAAAGCACGAAGGGCCAAAGAGGUCCAAGCUGGCAAGUGGUCCCACGCUUGUGGGCGCCUGCUAGCCGUCAGAAGCCUGACAAGGUGGUUGGGGCUUCUGACAGAAGUGAAGGUACAAAGCAUUUAAUGAGAUGGUGACGUGGAGGAGAUCCACCUCGAGCUCGAUGAGUAUAGAUAGGGGCAGUUAGUAACAUUUACACAGGUUGGACUCUCUCACUAAAACUUAUAGUUUCAUACUUCUCUCUCUAUAAUGGGAACUAACUUGAGCGUCGGAGGAUUAAUGGGCCCAGGCGCCCCCCUCAAUGUGUGUGUGUAGGUCAAGCGCCUAAGGAUUGGCUAGCAGGACCAAGGCGCACCAAGGAGCGGGCUUCAAGGUGAGGCGCCUACAGAGCGUUAAGCAGGAAUCGGGCGCUCAGAAGAUCAGGCUCCAAGGUGAGGAGCCUAAGGUGUGACCAGUAAGGCGGAUGUGUUUGGGCACAAACACUUAUCAAUUCUUCAGAAUUUACAUAUAAGCGUGAUAAUAAUUGCAUAUAAAUAGGUAAUAUCCAUAAUACAUGUUAUUAGCAAUUCUCUUCUCGAAAACUUGAUAAAGAUAUAAAAAUUAUCAAUGGUU